CCGCCCUCCUGCCCGCCCUCCGCGACUACCGCCGGGCUACCGAGGACGGGGCGCUGCUGGCCAUCGAGUUCACUGGGCUCGCCGAGUAUCUGGCGCUGCUGAAGGCCGCCGCCCGCGCCCUGGCGCCCUUCGGCUCCAGAGUCAUGUUUUACCUGGCAGCCGCCGUGUCGGAUUUCUACAUCCCCACCUCGGAGAUGCCCGAGCACAAGAUCCAGUCCUCGGAGGGGCCCCUGCAGAUCACAAUGAAGAUGGUGCCAAAAAUGCUGUCCCCGCUCGUCAAAGAAUGGGCCCCGGAGGCGUUCGUUAUUUCAUUUAAACUGGAGACAGAUCCUUUGAUCUUAAUCGAUAAAUCACGGCAGGCACUGGAGAAAUAUCGUCACCAGGUGGUGGUGGCAAAUAUCCUGGAAUCCCGGAGAACCUCUGUCAUUAUUGUAACCAAGGACUCGCAGACUCCUUUAUCUCUUUCUGAUGAGGAAAUAGCGCAAGGCAUGGAAAUAGAGGAGAAGAUAGUGAGCUAUCUCCAGGGCCAACACACCGCCUUUAUAGAGAAGAAAGUCUGAGGGUCGGCUUGGAGUGAAACAAGCGAAAUUGUGCCAGAGAGAGCAGAGCCGGAGCCAGUCUCUGCCCCAGGUAAAUAAACAAUCCUCAGUGAGACACUGUGGGAAGAGCUGCCGUCCAAACCCCUGUGACUUUCCAGCUUGGUUAUGAUUAUUGUUGCUUGCUUUGAAAAAAGAAAAAUACACUGAAGUGAAAUCAUUCCAGAGGAUGGUGUGUGUUCUGGUGUCUCGUGAAGGAAAGGAUAUAUUGCUUUAUUUCUGUCCCAUGGGCUGGGAGAGCCGGGAGGUGGAGAAAUGGUAAAUAUCUCUGUAUAUAAAAAGAUUUUCUUGAA